GAAUUUGCCUCUCUUCAAGACACAAGAUUAAGACAAAAUUUACCCUGAACUGGAUUUUAAAUGAUCUUCCGUUCAUUUAUCCUCUGCCUUCCUUAUGUGGAUAUGCAAGCGAGAAGAGGAGACUGCACGUUCCCAACAUCAUUCCCAACAUGCUCACUCCCUUAAUCUCUCCGUCUGCAGCUUUGGCUUCUACAACCGGAGGGAGUCGAGAAGUUGAAGAUGAAGCUCAGAGCAGAGUGCUGUUCUCUCAAGUUCUGGUUGGUGUUGGCUGUCCUGGCCGUGUCAGGCAGCAGAGCUCGUUCUCAGAAGAGCCCACCCAGCAUUGGCAUCGCUGUCAUCCUUGUGGGCACUUCAGACGAGGUAGCCAUCAAGGAUGCCCACGAGAAAGAUGAUUUCCACCACCUCUCUGUGGUGCCCCGUGUGGAGCUGGUAGCCAUGAAUGAGACUGACCCAAAGAGCAUCAUCACCCGCAUCUGUGAUCUCAUGUCCGACCGGAAGAUCCAGGGGGUGGUGUUUGCUGACGACACAGAUCAGGAAGCCAUCGCCCAGAUCCUCGAUUUCAUCUCAGCACAGACUCUCACCCCCAUCCUGGGCAUCCAUGGGGGCUCCUCGAUGAUAAUGGCGGACAAGGAUGAGUCCUCCAUGUUCUUCCAGUUUGGGCCAUCCAUCGAACAACAAGCUUCUGUGAUGCUCAAUAUCAUGGAAGAAUACGACUGGUACAUCUUUUCUAUUGUCACCACUUAUUUCCCUGGUUACCAGGACUUUGUGAACAAGAUCCGCAGCACCAUCGAGAAUAGCUUUGUGGGCUGGGAGCUGGAGGAAGUCCUCCUACUUGACAUGUCUCUGGAUGAUGGAGAUUCAAAGAUCCAGAAUCAGCUCAAGAAACUCCAAAGUCCCAUCAUUCUUCUUUAUUGUACCAAGGAAGAAGCCACCUACAUCUUUGAAGUGGCAAACUCAGUUGGGCUGACGGGCUAUGGCUACACAUGGAUUGUGCCUAGCCUGGUGGCAGGGGAUACAGACACAGUGCCCUCGGAGUUCCCCACUGGGCUCAUCUCUGUAUCAUAUGAUGAGUGGGACUACGGUCUCCCUGCCAGAGUGAGAGAUGGAAUUGCCAUCAUCACCACUGCUGCUUCCGACAUGUUGUCUGAACACAGUUUCAUCCCCGAGCCCAAGAGCAGCUGCUACAACACCCAUGAGAAGAGAAUCUACCAGUCCAAUAUGCUCAACAGGUAUCUGAUCAAUGUCACUUUUGAAGGGAGAAACCUGUCCUUCAGUGAAGACGGCUACCAGAUGCAUCCCAAACUGGUGAUAAUCCUUCUGAACAAGGAGCGGAAAUGGGAACGGGUGGGGAAGUGGAAAGACAAAUCCCUGCAAAUGAAGUACUACGUGUGGCCCCGGAUGUGUCCAGAGACUGAAGAGCAGGAGGAUGACCACCUGAGUAUUGUGACUCUGGAGGAAGCACCAUUUGUCAUUGUAGAGAGCGUGGACCCUCUGAGCGGAACCUGCAUGAGGAACACCGUCCCCUGCCAAAAGCGUAUCAUCUCUGAGAACAAAACAGAUGAGGAGCCAGGCUAUAUCAAAAAGUGCUGCAAGGGGUUCUGCAUCGAUAUCCUUAAGAAAAUUUCCAAAUCUGUGAAGUUCACUUAUGACCUUUACCUGGUAACCAACGGCAAACAUGGCAAGAAAAUCAAUGGAACCUGGAAUGGUAUGAUCGGAGAGGUGGUCAUGAAGCGGGCCUACAUGGCGGUAGGAUCACUCACCAUCAAUGAAGAACGCUCAGAGGUGGUCGAUUUCUCUGUGCCCUUCAUAGAGACUGGCAUCAGUGUCAUGGUGUCACGCAGCAAUGGGACCGUGUCACCUUCUGCCUUCUUAGAGCCAUUCAGUGCUGACGUGUGGGUCAUGAUGUUUGUGAUGCUGCUAAUCGUCUCGGCCGUGGCUGUCUUUGUCUUUGAGUACUUCAGCCCUGUGGGUUAUAACAGGUGCCUCGCUGAUGGCAGAGAGCCAGGUGGCCCAUCUUUCACCAUUGGCAAAGCUAUUUGGUUACUCUGGGGUCUGGUGUUCAACAACUCCGUCCCCGUGCAGAACCCGAAGGGGACCACCUCCAAGAUCAUGGUGUCAGUGUGGGCCUUCUUUGCUGUCAUCUUCCUGGCCAGCUACACUGCCAACUUAGCUGCCUUCAUGAUCCAAGAGGAAUAUGUAGACCAGGUUUCUGGCUUAAGUGACAAAAAGUUCCAGAGACCUAAUGACUUUUCACCUCCUUUCCGCUUUGGGACAGUGCCUAAUGGCAGCACAGAGAGGAAUAUUCGCAACAACUAUGCAGAAAUGCACGCCUAUAUGGGAAAGUUCAACCAGAGAGGGGUGGAUGAUGCCUUGCUCUCCCUGAAAACAGGGAAACUGGAUGCCUUCAUCUAUGAUGCAGCAGUGCUGAACUACAUGGCAGGCAGAGAUGAAGGCUGUAAGCUCGUGACCAUUGGAAGUGGGAAGGUCUUUGCUUCAACCGGGUAUGGCAUUGCCAUCCAGAAAGAUUCUGGAUGGAAGCGCCAAGUGGACCUUGCGAUCCUGCAGCUCUUUGGAGAUGGAGAGAUGGAGGAACUGGAAGCUCUCUGGCUUACUGGCAUUUGCCACAAUGAAAAGAAUGAAGUUAUGAGCAGCCAGCUGGACAUCGACAACAUGGCAGGGGUGUUCUACAUGUUGGGGGCAGCCAUGGCUCUCAGCCUUAUCACCUUCAUCUGCGAACACCUUUUCUAUUGGCAGUUCAGGCAUUGCUUUAUGGGUGUCUGCUCUGGCAAGCCUGGCAUGGUCUUCUCCAUCAGCAGAGGUAUCUACAGCUGCAUCCACGGAGUGGCCAUUGAGGAGCGCCAGUCUGUGAUGAAUUCCCCCACAGCCACCAUGAACAACACGCACUCCAACAUCUUGCGCCUGCUCCGCACGGCCAAGAACAUGGCAAACCUGUCUGGUGUGAAUGGUUCACCGCAGAGCGCCCUGGAUUUUAUACGCCGCGAGUCAUCUGUCUAUGACAUCUCUGAGCACCGACGCAGCUUCACGCACUCCGACUGCAAGUCCUAUAACAACCCACCCUGCGAGGAGAACCUGUUCAGCGACUACAUCAGCGAGGUGGAGAGAACGUUCGGCAACCUGCAGUUGAAAGACAGCAACGUGUACCAAGAUCACUACCACCAUCACCACCGACCACAUAGCAUCGGCAGCGCCAGCUCCAUCGACGGGCUCUACGACUGUGACAACCCACCCUUCACUACCCAGCCCCGGUCCAUCAGCAAGAAGCCCCUGGACAUCGGCCUGCCGUCCUCGAAACACAGCCAGCUCAGUGACCUAUAUGGAAAAUUUUCCUUCAAGAGCGACCGCUACAGUGGCCACGACGACCUGAUCCGCUCUGACGUCUCAGACAUCUCCACGCACACCGUCACCUACGGCAACAUUGAGGGCAACGCAGCCAAGAGGCGGAAGCAGCAAUACAAGGACAGCCUCAAGAAGCGACCGGCCUCCGCCAAGUCCCGGCGGGAGUUCGACGAGAUCGAACUUGCUUACCGCCGCAGGCCGCCCCGCUCCCCUGACCACAAACGCUACUUCAGGGACAAGGAAGGGCUACGGGACUUCUACCUGGACCAGUUCCGCACCAAGGAGAACUCGCCUCACUGGGAGCACGUGGACCUGACCGAUAUCUACAAGGAGCGCAGUGAUGACUUCAAACGUGACUCCAUCAGCGGAGGAGGGUCCUGCACCAACAGGUCGCACCUCAAGCACGGGCAGGGCGACAAACACGGUGGGGUCGGUGGGGUGCCGGCCCCCUGGGAGAAGAACCUGACCAACGUCGACUGGGAGGACCGGUCUGGGGGCAACUUCUGCCGGAGCUGCCCCUCCAAGUUGCACAACUACUCCACGACGGUGGCAGGUCAGAACUCAGGCAGGCAAGCGUGCAUCCGCUGUGAGGCUUGCAAGAAAGCAGGCAACCUGUAUGACAUCAGCGAGGACAACUCCCUGCAGGAGCUGGACCAGCCGGCAGCCCCCGUGGCGGUGCCCUCCAAUGCCUCCUCCACCAAGUACCCCCAGAGCCCGACCAAUUCCAAGGCUCAGAAGAAGAACCGGAACAAACUGCGCCGGCAGCACUCCUACGACACCUUCGUGGAUCUGCAGAAGGAAGAAGCCGCCCUGGCCCCACGCAGCGUGAGCCUGAAAGACAAGGGCCGAUUCCUCGAUGGGAGCCCCUAUGCCCACAUGUUCGAGAUGCCAGCCGGUGACAGCACCUUUGCCAACAACAAGUCCUCAGUGCCCACCGCCGGACACCAUCACCACAGCAACAACCCCAGCGGCGGCUACAUGCUCAGCAAGUCACUCUACCCUGAUCGGGUCACACAAAACCCUUUCAUCCCCACUUUUGGGGACGACCAGUGCUUGCUCCAUGGCAGUAAAUCCUACUUCUUCAGGCAGCCCACGGGGGCGGGGGCAUCGAAAGCCAGGCCGGACUUCCGGGCCCUCGUCACCAACAAGCCAGUGGUCUCAGCCCUCCACGGGGCUGUGCCGGGCCGUUUCCAGAAGGACAUCUGUAUAGGGAACCAGUCCAACCCCUGUGUGCCUAACAACAAAAACCCCAGGGCUUUCAAUGGCUCCAGCAAUGGGCACGUUUAUGAGAAACUUUCUAGUAUUGAGUCUGAUGUCUGAAUGGGGGAAGAGAGAGCUGAAGGUGGGUCCGGGAGGGGGAGGGCCGGGGGUUGAGUGGUGCGCACCUCACGGAGGGGGAUGGGGGUGAACUUGGUUCCCAUUUGCUCCUUUUGUGCUGUUUUCAUUCAUUCAUGGGAUCCUGGAGUUCUGGUUCCUACUGAGGGCAACCCUGGUGACCAGCACCAUUGCUCUUGCCAUUCUCCGUUUUCCCCUUCCACCAUCUGUCAGCAGUGCCCGUUCGCAGGAGAGGAUGAAGUGGGAGGGCGGCCAGGAGAAAGGAAGGACCGUCCACAAGCUUCCUCCUAGCGCGGAAGGACUCUGCCAUCAUCCCACUUCGAGUGACACUAGGAGAAGAGAGGAGGCGCGUGAACUCUGGCAUAGCCUUUCCCACAGGAAUCUUUUCGUUUAGGUGAGGAAGCAGAAACAUCUAAGUAAGACUGUUUAGCAAACUGCUUGGCCAUGAAAGAGGCUGUUGCUAAAUUCUAGUUGCAUGGGUAACAUCAGCCUAGGGACAGAGGGUGGAAGGCCAUGUGUGUUUCUAUAUAAGCCAAAACAGCGUUUGCUUCAACUCCGUGAGACUCACUGGUCAUGAACUGCAAAGAAAGAUCAUUAGGUGGAUGAGAGUACAACAGCAGCUCAUUCUGUAGUACAUUGAGAGCAAGACUGUGGACUGCAUGUGCCUGUUCAUGGGCGGCUGCACACCGUUGCAGUCAGGUACUCCCACAUGGAGGGAAGGCAGCCUUGACUCACCUGCUGUGAGCUCAGCAAUGUGCUUGGUUUGGCUUAUAUGCAAGCAGAGAUGGUCCUAAGAUACCUGAGAUUUGUCUUUUUCUACCCUUCCAACCUUCCAGAAUGAGGAGAAUGGAGACGACUCUGUGGUCCAGACUAAAAAGGUGGUGAGACAAUCCUACAUUGGUUCCCCAGUGACUGCCAACAAUUUCAGCCAGUCUGGAUCAAGAACUUUCCAGAAGGCUAAGUGGGGAUAGAGGCAGCCAUGACUCUUUUGCCCACACUUGAAAGCAAAAGAUGCCAUAAGCUGUCUUAAGUUUCUAAACUCUCAACUGGUCAAGGCUUGGGGAGGAGUUUAGCAAGACUUUGAAAAGGAAGGGAGUCAUCCAUGGCAGGGUAAGUGAGAGAGGGGGAUGUUUUCAAUGCUUUGAUCCCUUCUUACUUAACCUGGAGCUAGAAGAACAGUCUUGUUCCUUCAGAACCGAUUACAAUCAGUAUGGAACAGACAGUUCGGAGAAAUGAGCCCGCCUCCACGCAGACAGCUCAGGAUACAAGGGAUGGGAUUGACGAGGGGGGAGGAAGAGUGAAGGGGCUGUGCAAUUGCACCUGACCUUUCAGGAAUGUCACUGAAUCCAGUGUGAACAUUCUUGGUGGAAGCCCCUCUGCCUUCCAGCAGUACCUCCUUUCCAUUUCAGAUUGU